AUGCCUCGCCAUUCUACCUUCACGGCAAUCAACCAUGUUGAAGAUGAAAAGGAUAUUGAGGAGCACUCUCGAGAGCUGCAGAUUGAGCUUGGGUUUAAAUUAUUCGAAGAGGCUUUAAGUGCUCAAAAACAAGGCAAUUAUGACGAAGCCAAUGCCAAGUACCAGGAGCUUUUUCGUAUGGAAGUCUUGACUACUAGAAAUUCGACGAAUAAUCCCGCUAUUGAAACACUCAAAUAUCUUUGUCUUCGCAACCGUGGUGUCUUGAAGCUGGCGCAAAUUAAAAGAGGACUUGAUGGUGACGAUCAUUCAAACAACCUUGAACUUUUCAAUGACGCUGUUGAUGAUUUGACUUCAGCGCUGUGUCAUGGUAAAGGUGAUCUGAAACUUAUAGAGCUUUUAAUUCAAAUUUUUGAACGUUUGAAGAUCAAAAAGCUGAGCCGAUUUGCAUACGAGUACGAACUGCUCAAGACCGAACACACUGCUCAGACUCAGCCGCGUGCUGGAACCGCAUUCACUGAAGAAGAUGAUAUCCAAUAUAAUCUAAAGCAUCUUGGCCAAUUGCUACCGAGUCAACUCAGCCUUCUGCGCAGUUACAAAGAAUAUCUACAGGAAAUGGGUGUUGAAUCCGCUUCUUCAAGAUUGCUAGUGGGUAUCGAGAACAGAGCCACACCCCGCAAAGAGAUUGCAAUGGAUGCGUUUCCAACCGCCGAGCAGUUUAAGAACUUCAAUCAAGAGGAGCCAGAGUGGCAUUCUGUCACCCUUGCCUGUCGCGAUAAUUCGGUGGCAUUAGAAGAGCUUUUGAAAAAACUUAACGAGCUCUUACCCAAAAAAGGGCGAUCAAAAAUAUAUGACAGCUACAUUCUUACUGACCGUCCCAUUGAGGGGGUCAAUUUCGAACUAGUGGAGACGGGGGAAAAUCAGGAAGAAUCGGAACCUAGAGCAGAGGACGAAGCAGAAGAAAAUGAUGUGACAGUUGUUCCUGACAACGAGGAUUCAGGUUCACCGUCCAGGGUGAACCUAUCUGCUGCUGAGGAUUCUCAGCAAGAAAAAGAGGGCAUUAAAGACACACAUCAAAAAGGGGCAGUUUCUACCACUCCUACUGUUACGAAACGACAAACAAGGGCUAAUAAAGAAGCAGAGGUGAACGAGCUCAGCAAUGAAGCUUUCGUGUCACAAUUCUUGUUCCUGGAACAAACAUUACCGCAGUAUUUGCUGUAUUGCGGUGUCGUAGUGGAUGGAUCCGGCAAAUUAACGGAAGCAUUUCUUCCCAAUGCUCAAUCAAAAAGUGGGCUCCAAGAGUACUACGACUUGGCUCAUAUAUUCGAUAAGUGGAAUAAAGAGGAUACAGAAACCCUUUUUGUGAAACUCGAAGACGGACAUAGCAAUGAAGAGAGCAAAGAAGCUUCGGUGAAAGAAAUUCUUAGCUCGUUGAGCAAAGAUACACUAGAGGAGAGAAGGUCAUUUCAAGAAUUAGACGAUGGCGGAUUGAAGACUGUGAUCUCAUCCAUUACUGGGACUCGCUUACAGUUCAAUCAGAUCCGAUUAUCAAUUUUAAAUUAUUUAUUUUCAGUCAGGGAGUUGGGGGGAACGCUUGUUACAGACGGAUUUACGAGCGUAGAAUCUCUGAAACAGCUGCGUCUAUUCACUGAUGCUGUUGGUCUCUAUGUGUAUCGACAAUUGAGCAACAGUCUUUUGGAAAACGGGCCAACGGAUAUUGGUGGGUUAUCGUUCGGCGUUUCAGUUCUUGAGAUCUUGGUCGAUUAUUUCAUCUCUUUGAAAGUGGAUCAAAAGCUCAAAAAAUUCGGAACCAAAGCUUUGUAUAACGAAAUUGUCCAAACAGAACAGAUCACAUCACGAAGGAUUGAGCGCUGGAUUGCAAUAUUGAAUGACUAUUUUGAGAACAUGGAUUUGGAUACUGUAUGCUCGCAGCUAUGGCUCAGAACAAAAUGGUGUCAAAUGUGCUAUCUGCAACACCUCUCUUCAUUCGACUCUGAAGUGCUGUCCACGAUCUUGACCACCAUGGCUAACAUUUCGAAAUCUGUACGCUUUGACAUUCUAAUGGUCAACUUUCCCAAUAUUCCACGAUUGAAUAGGUCAAACAUAGAAGUCCAACUAUCAAAAAUGAAAAUAUUCAAAACCUUUACUGAAAGUGAUGCUUCCAAUGAAAUUCUUGAAAGGAUCUUAGUUGACGACGAUGAAAAAAAGUCCAGAUAUAAUGAAGAGGAAAAAGAAAUGGAUGAUUUUAUCAGCAGAUCACCCUUCGAGCUUAAGAUGCGUUUAUGGACUAUGCUGUUUAAGUUUUAUCGUGAAGCAGAGCUAACGGAUAAAUUUUUACGCGGCUUUGAACGAGUGCUACAGAUAAUGUUGAUGGAAAUUGAGGGCGCAAACUUUGCCGAAAAGACAUUCUUUCAACGCAAACAGUUGCUGCUCAAAAUACUUGGGUUCUUUGACCUAUUUGCAAAAGACCUUGUAAACAUCGGGGUCCAAAAACGAUGGGAUUUGCAACUGUCCAGCACAAAGAAUGUUCUUCUUAUACUAGCAAAGUUCUCAACACUUUCCUAUAUCUUUCUGCUCCACGAGGAUAGUGCUCAACUUUCCAAUACUCGAAUCUCAAUGAGAGCAAAAUCCAGAAUGGCUUACAAGAAGCUAGCGGAUAUUGCUGUUGUCAGCUUUACACUCCUUAGCCUUUACUAUUCUUGCAGUUUGAUUGAUCGAAAACCAGAGUACCUCAAUGACUUCUACGCCAUAUUGCACGAACAACUUGGGCUUCGUCAUAUAUGCAAUGGAUACAAUAGCGUGUUUUUGGACUUCGUUGAGAAAAGGCUAGUAGAUCUGGACUGGGAGCAGUCUGAUAACGAUUUCUUCCAGACUCUGAAAUGCCACUAUGGGAUUAACAUAUCGACGGAUAGUUUCAGCACUUUUGAUCACGGGGCCGAGCCAGGCACAAUGGAAAAGGUCAAUGCAAUUACAGUGAACAAAUAUAUGAUGAAAUAUUGUUACAAGCGCAAGCAUCCAAUUUUCAAUGUUCCCAAGGCAGACAUCAAAAAUAUUCUGGACAUGAUUUAUGAUGUUUUGGGAGAUCCUGAGCCGGAUAACUACUCUGUCUCAAAUAAUAUGGAGGCUCUAACGGAGUAUCUAGAGACCAGAUCUUUAGACACGCGUCUCAUGAGAUUGUCUUUUUAUGGUUUGUUGUCCAUUCCUCUCGACGAGCCAAUAGCUGAAAAUGAAACGAAUGAUCUAGCAGACGGAGUUUAUUUCAUGCAAGGUUUACUUGCCUUAACGUUAUUCAAAAUUCGCAAAAGAACCAUGCAAGGACGCUCGGCUGAGCUUGACUUUGUUAUUAAAAUGUUUGAAUACGAUAUUGCCUCUGGAUCUUACAGGUUUGAGUCGUGGCUUCUCCUGGCACAAGCCUAUUCUUACCUGGUAGAGGAUGAUAUCAUUUGGACUUCUGACAAGCUCAACAAUGUGGACAAGAAACGCAACACUGCUAUAUUGCAACGCAAGUCAUUACUCUGCUACUUCAUGUCAAUUAGUUUAUUCACUAGGCUCAGUACAGAGAGGCAAAAGGAACUCACCCCGGUUGCUACAAUGUUAUGGACUUCUCUGGGGAAAGAACUGUACAAUGCAAUGAUGAGUCCUAUGGAAAGGCUGGCGUUGGAAGUUGAUUCUGAUGCCGAACCAACCUGCAUUGAAAAUUCGAGCACAUUGUCACCUACUCUUCAUCUUCCACUCAAUGUCACAGUAUACAAAGUCCUAGAGAUCUGUUUUCGUCAAGCAUGUAAUUUGAACCCGAAAGAUUGGUAUAGCCACUUCUACCUUGCAAAGUCGCAAUCUAAACUCAGGGGAAAGAAUCGUUACAAAACUGUCGCCAAAAGUCUUCUUACAGCCUGUGAUCUUGCUCUGAAGGCGAGCGACCGGGAUGACCAUAUUGUUGAGCCUCAUUACUUUCUAUGUUCUUUGACCUAUAAGUCAGUAAUGCGUGGGGACGUCUCUCUCGAAGAAGGAUUAAGCGUGUUGAAAAGCGACUUGCUGUUCCAAGAAUUCUCAUGUGAAGCAUCAAAUUUAGAUGAGUUUGGCAAAAAGAUAAUAGGUCUUCUUCAAAAAUGCAUCUCUUACGAUAGGAAAAAUUGGCAACAUAGGCCCAAAUAUCGCAUUGCCAAGAUCUACAUUGACCAGUAUAAUGACCUGGAGGCCGCGAAGAAUGAAAUGCUCUCUAUCAUCAAUCUCAAGUCCACUGUGCGAAAUCUCAGCAACAUAUGGAAACCGGAGAAUGAGCGCCCUGGAAAACAUUUUGUUUACAACCACAACUACAUUGUUUUUUUUGUUGAGCUUUUGGAUCGCUCAAAAGAUGUUCACUCUUUGUUCCAGCUUAUCAAAAAGCUGAGGAAAUUGGGCUCAAGCAUGAUUGACCAGAUCAAAGUAUUUGAUCUUGCAGUUGCGAAAACUUGUGCUAUCAUCAAGGAAAUUGUGCACGUUGUGCCAGGGUUCUUGGACGAAGUGUUGUCGAAACUUGUAUUUGCUGACUUUGUUGCAAAAAGCAAGGAGUUCGUGCAGAUGAUGAAAGAAAAGGAAACCUUCACAGGCGAAGAAAAGCUUAUUUUGUACUUUUUGUUCGAAGUUGGAGAGUUCAGACGUAUGGCCAAUGGAUUUGCUGCAACUGGUGUGAUAGACGAAUGCUUCCAUACAUUGUUUCUAAUACUUUUCACACGUUAUGAGGAUUGUGCUACCAAGAACCUUGUUCCCGAAUAUGAAAAAUCCUCGCAGGUUGAAUUUGUGGGAAGUAAAAACAAACCUGGGCAGCCCUCAACUCCUAGUCGUGAAAAAGUCAAGGUGGCGAGAAGAGACAUUACGCCAUUUUGUAUUCAGACGAUUAGUGCUGUGGGCAAGCUACUGGAUUCAAUAAAGCGAGAAAAUGGCGAAGGAAAUUUGCUCAAAUAUACAAUAGACGAUAAAAACAAGAAUCCAGAAAUAAAAACAGUUAUUAGCACUUCUAACGACGACGGAAGUGAACAGACCCCCAAAACUCCCACAAUGAAUUGCCAAGAACUAAAAUUAGAACCAGCGAUCGAAUUCAGCAUUAAGCGAGCAUCAGACGAUGAAGAGUCGUCUCAACAAACCAAAAAACAAAAGCACGACGAAACUUCGGCGAUCAAUAUAGUACCAUAA